AUGGACAAGGUCGACAUCCUGACAUCAUCCCGCGUGGAUGCACUCUCCCAGCAUCGCCAUGCCACCAUCAUCAGCCGUCUGGGCCCGACGCUCGCCUACGCCGUACACGUACAGAGCAUCAUCGGCUCCCUCUCCGUCUUCCUCUGCUGGCGCGCCUACCUCGUCGCCAGCGUCUCCCUCGUCCAGGCCUACUACGCCACCCGCCUGCUGACCUGGGGUACCAAGCAGGGCGCCUGGCACGGCGUCGCCGCCGCCGCCGCCGUCUGGGACAUGAAGACGACGCGCGUGCUGCGCGACAAAAUCUUUUACGAGUUUGCCCUCUUUGUGCUCGGCGCGGGCAACGGCCUGUUCCUCGUCGUUCUCUGGCCAGGCUGGAUCGUCAUCGGCGGCACGUCGUUUGUCCUCUGGCAGAUGUGUGGGUGA